UCAGAAAACAGGGAUAGACUACUGGAUCCUCGGCUGGAUAUUGCAGCGAAACAGUUCCUCACUGGUCAGGAAUUGCCGUCUAGUGAUGUACAUCGAGCCAGCACCGUGACCAAAAACGCACUCCCUACUCCGCCCAGUUUCGAUCCGAUCCGUCCAACUGUAGAACCAAGCGUACACGGGUCGAUUCCAUGGUCACAGCGGAGAGAUAUGACCGGUUCCAACCCUUCACCUCAUUAUCAGCAGCAACAACAACAUCAUUUUGUGCGACCGUUAGAUGAUGAUGAUAAGUAUAAACGCCGUGUUGCAUUGGGUGGUCUUGCACGUUUGUUCAGUGUUCGAAUCUCCAGCUACUUCAAACCAUCCCACUUACGUCGUCCUCGGACUAUCCUGUCCUUAUUACUGGUUUUUGUCCUGCUCAUUGUUCUUCUGCAACACAUGCAUCGUUCCGAUCCCGCUGACACUCGGGGAGAUCCGUUUUUCGAUCCCCAUAUGAAUCCAAACAUCCAUUUGGAUGAACAUGCAGCCGCGGCGAUUCACGGUGGUGUUAAAUUCAACCCAGAGCUGAACGGCUAA